UUUAUACGAGAUUUAUGUGGGUUGAUUAUUAUACUUCAUAUCAAUUGUAUUUUAAUCCACAGUGCGCUAAACCAGUAAAUGGCUCACAUAUUCUUAACAAUAGCUUGACACAGGGUCUGCGAAUCGACACUAGACAAGCUAUUGUGCGCAUGUCUUUUGUGUAUUGUGUUGCACGCGUCACAUAGCACAGGAGGGAAGCAAAAGUCGGAAGUCAACAAAAGACAUAUUCAUUAGAUUAAGAGUAGCAAGAAAAAAUUAUUAAAAGAAACAAUUAUAAAUACAAAUAAUAUUAAGCGGAAAUUCACUCAAAAAAAGUUGACAGAGUAUCCUCGUUGGUGACGAGUUAUUUUGGUGAAAAAAGUGACUGAAUUCGACUUGAUUUCGAGCAGUUUUCAACGAUUUGGAGGAGAGAUUAUUUUGAGUUUACUUUCCCUCGUUUGCUUCCCCACCUUGCGCCCACACCGCCGCCAUCAUGCCUAACUCCGGCUUCCAGGGGCAGAUAAACCAGUCCUUCUACGGGACCCACAAGGCACACCUGGUUCCCCUGGGAGACCAGUAUGUCUCGGGCAACCUGCCCAAUCCUGCAUUUUGGAGGAGAUUUAUUCGGGACCCCGUCUCGAGCAUUGAAAAUCCUAGUGGUACGAGGGUCCUCACAACGACAGAAGUACUCGCCCCAGUCUGGCAGAGCAACAACUGCGCCGCGAACCUCUCUAAAAACGACAGGGCAACGUCAAAUACACUACCAAGACUUCAUACGUCAUCAACCUGGACAACCAACGAGGGAUCAGACCACGCCCCUCUCCGUCCUCAAGUUCCAUCCUCCGCUCGGGGGCGCUUCCGUGACGCGCACAUUCCAUUGGUCGCGCUGAACUCGCUCGCUCCUUUCGCCACGACCUACAAACCAACAUGCGGUUAUUUCUUUUCGAGGUCCACUAACAACAAAAAGAAACAGAUGGGAAUCCCCGCUACGGAUCUUGUGAAAUACCGCUACUAUGUGAAAUAAGGAUUGCAAUAUAAUAGGACGUUUACAUCAAAAUGACUUUGAUGAAAAGCUAUUGUAUAUAAUUUGGAAUCAAACGCAGACGUCAAGUUGCUUUGGAACUGUCUUCCUUCGUUGUGUCUUUCAUGGAUGACGCAAUAUUAUUGUGUGACGCACUUCUAAUUCUUGCAAUCUACUCUUGUAUAUAAUAAAAUGUUAUGCCAAUAGAA